ACCCGAAAUAUAGAUAUACUUUUAAAGAAGAUAAUAAAAUGAAAACUCCUCGGAAUGAGGACGAGAAUACGGGCACGUUCUUGACUCGUAGCCCGCCGCAGCUGAAUCACGGGACGUUGCUCUUUUCAUCUUGUCGCAGCUGCUCUCUCAUUUAAGAUGAGUGCCCAUUUCGAAUAACGGAAUUCAUGGCGUCUUGGAAUUCAACUCACCUCGAGGUUCUCUACAACGUUUUGGGAUGGCUCGCUUUCGUCUCUUGGUCCAUCAGCUUCUACCCUCAAGUUAUCUUGAAUUUCCGCCGCAAAAGUGUGGUGGGCCUGAAUUUUGAUUUUGUGCUGCUCAAUUUGACGAAGCACUCCUCCUAUCUCAUCUACAAUGCUUCCCUCUUCUUUAGCUCCACUGUGCAGCGCCAGUACCGCGAGAAAUUCGGUUUGAAUGAGAUGAUACCUGUUGCUGCUAAUGAUGUAGCUUUCUCUAUUCAUGCUGUUUUGCUCACUGUUUUUACCCUGGCUCAGAUUGUAAUGUAUGAUCGAGGGAACCAGAAAGUUUCGAAAACUGCUGCAGUACUUGUUUCUGUUGCAUGGUUAGCUGCUGCAGUUUGUGUUUUUGUGGCUAUACCAAGACAUUCCUGGUUUUGGCUGGUGUCGUGCUUCAACACUAUUCAGGUUGUAAUGACUGUAAUCAAAUACAUUCCUCAGGUUGUCUUAAAUUUUCGUCGAAAGAGUACAAUUGGGUUUAGCAUUGGCAACAUAUUGCUUGAUUUCUUUGGAGGGAUAACAAACUAUUUUCAGAUGGUCGUGCAAUCCAUAGAUCAAAAAUCCUGGAUCAACUUCUAUGGGAACAUCGGGAAGACGAUGAUAUCACUGGUGUCUAUCCUGUUCGACAUUCUCUUCAUGGUUCAGCACUACAUUCUUUAUCCCUCCAGCAAGAGGACGUCUGAUAAUCCUAUCUCGGUAAGCAAUGAGCCACUACUCGGAACCUCGGACGACCCUCUCUCUGAGAGUGUGUAACAACUAAAACCUAAGAGCUACUUGUUGUGUGUGUGAUGUGUUUAUUUGUUGUCAGUUAGGAGAAGAAUCUUCACAAGUGACAAAGGAAGAGUCACGUAGUGCAGAUGUAUAGGCUUCACCAAUCAUAGAUUUCCUCCAACUCAGAUCUCUGCCAUUUUAUGAAGUAGCUUCUCAAGAUCUAUGAAUUUUGAGUCCACUUUCUAGUCCAAAUUUAUAAAUAUUAUAUAUAUAGCUUGUUCACUAAAUAGUAUGAAGCUGGUUUGGAAUUGAAGGAUUCCAUGUGAUGACUGGAGCUGGUGUAUAUCUUGAAGAGACUUGCAAGAUUUGUAAAUUUGAACUAAAAAGUUAUCAUGAGAUUAAAGUUCAUAUCUUUAUUUAA